GCGCGGCGGGGUUGGAGGGGACAAGAUCAGGGCAGGAGGCGAACGGUUAAACGAAAGAGCCCCGCACACCCAGCAAGAUGCUGUCCUGGCGGCUACAGACCGGCUCCGAAAAGGCCGAACUUCAGGAGCUCAAUGCCCGGCUUUAUGACUAUGUGUGCCGGGUGCGGGAACUGGAGCGCGAGAACCUGCUGCUGGAAGAGGAGCUGCGCAGCCGGCUGAGCUGGGAGGACCGCUGGGCCGAGGACCAGGCGCGCUUCGCCGAGGAGGCGCGCAGCCUGCGACAGCAGCUGGACGAACUAAGCUGGUCCACAGCGCUGGCCGAGGGCGAGCGCGACGCGCUGUGGAGGGAGCUGCGUGAGCUGCAAAGGGAGGGCGCGGAAGCCAACACUGUCCGCAGCCGCCUAGACGCCGAGCUGGGAGCGCAGCGGCAGGAGCUGGAGGAGGCGCUGGGCGCGCGCGCCGCCCUGGAAGCGCUGCUGGGCCGGCUGGAGGCUGAGCGCCGCGAUCUGGACGCGGCCCACGAGCGCCAAGUGCGGGACCUACGCGCCCGCGCCGCCAGCCUCACCAUGCACUUCCGAGCCCGCGCCACCGGCCCCGCCGCGCCCUCGCCGCGCCUGCGGGACGUGCACGACAGCUACGCACUGCUGGUGGCCGAGUCGUGGCGGGAGAGCGUGCAACUGUACGAGGACGAGGUGCGCGAGCUGGAGCAGGCGCUGCGCCGGGGCCAGGAGAGCCGGCGCCAGGCAGAGGAUGAGGCGCGGCUGUGCGCGCAGGAGGCGGACGCGCUGCGGAACCAGGCGCUGGAGUUGGAGCAGCUGCGCGCGCGGCUGGAGGAUGAGCUGCUGCGGAUGCGCGAGGAAUACGGGAUGCAGGCCGAGGAGCGGCAGAAAGUGAUUGACUGCCUGGAGGGUGAGAAGGAAGCCCUCACCUUGGCCAUGGUGGACCGGCUGCGGGAGUACCAGGAGCUUGUGCAGGUGAAGACUGGCCUCAGCUUGGAGGUGGCCACCUACAGGGCCUUGUUGGAGGGAGAAAGCAAUCCGGAGAUACUGAUCUGGACUGAGAACAUUGAAAACAUGCCACAAGAGUCCAGGAACACAUCCUAUCACUAUACCAACUCGGUAUUACAGAGGAAAAAUGAGAAAAACCUCUUCCCAAAGCAAAGAACACCUUGGGUGGCUGUAAAUCACAGCUCGGCUUUGCAGUCUAACCGGCCAGGGCACCUUGAAUCACAGUCAAGCACAGCUGUCGGGAGUGCUGCCAGGAGGGGGUUCCUGACCUCUGGGUAUUCUUCCAGGGCUACAGCCCUGGAGAAGACUGUCAGCAGCCAAGCCAGACCUGUUGCACCAGCCCACGGCCUGCUACGAAACAGUAAUGCUCAAGUGAGAACAUUCCCUGACAGAUCCAAAGUUGAAGCUACCAAGGACACCCCGACACGGCUGACCACAGAGUCCGUUAUUGCCAGAGAGUCGUACAAAGAUCACCGAGGUGACGUGGCAGGCACCCAGUCAAACGAGAAGGUUGUCAUUUUGGGAAAGAAAUCAGAAGUGAAAGCCAUUAGGGAGCAAGAAAGGGACAGAUUCGGGGUCAUCAAAUUAAAGCCAGAGGAGAAAAUGUUUGAUUCUAAAGAGAAGGCGUCAGAGGAAAGAAACUUGAGAUGGGAGGAACUGACCAAGUUAGAUAGAGAGACAAGGAAGAGAGAAAGCCAGCAGAUGAGGGACGAGGCCAGAGACAAGGAACCGAUGAAGGAGAGAGGUGUGAAGGAAAGGGAAGUACCCAUUAAUCUAGAAGUGUCCCGGGGCAGCAGACCAGAGGUGUCCACAGUCCGCUUGCAGUCACCUGGAAGGAAGGAUGCUGGCAACAGUAGGGGAGGAGAGGCAGAGACAAAAGGGACAAAGCUCCGCUUGGACACGCAGGGCGCUGCACGCUCUCUGCAGAGUGAUUCUGUGACAGAGACCAUAGCAGAAAACAUUGCCACCACCAUCCUUAGGCAGUUUACUCAGUCUCCAGGUGCUGAGGAGAGUGCCAGUUCUUUCCCGGACACAAAGGUUACUUACGUGGACAGGAGAGAACUUCCUGGUGAGAAGAAAACCAAGACGGAAAUCGUCGUGGAGUCGAAGCUGACGGAAGACGUUGAUGUUUCUGAGGAAGCUGGCCUGGACUACCUGUUAAGCAAGGAUGUCAGGGAAGUGGGACUGAAGGGGAAGUCAGCUGAGACGAUGAUAGGAGAGCUGGUCAACCUGGGUCUGAAAGGAAGGGAGGGGAGAGCCAAAGUCGUAAACGUGGAGAUUGUGGAAGAGCCCGUGAGCUACGUAGGCGGCGGGAAGACCGAGUUUACUACCCCCUUCCGAGUGGAAGAGGUCGAUGAUGAUGUCUCUCCCAGCCCCGAGGGGUUUGUUGAGGAAGAGGAUGGCGAAGGAGAGGCCCGUACGGCGUUCUCAGCGCAUCGGCGUCAAAGGGCCAGCCAGCCGCGGGGGCACAUCCCUCGCGUGGAAGAAGUGAUGGAUGCUGGUGACUCAGAGGGGGAGCAGAAUUACUUUGUGUCUACCCCAGAUGAGUACCCCAGCGGGCAUGACAGAGAAGAUGACAGCUCAGUGUAUGGGCAAAUCCACAUUGAGGAGGAGUCUACCAUACGGUACUCAUGGCAGGAUGAAAUUGCGCAGGGGACUUGGAGAAGGAGAACGAGAGAUGACACCCAGGAGGAGAAGCAUGUGCAACUCCUGGAGGUGCCAGCACCUUCCCUGGGCGGUGCCCUUGGCUCUGCUCUCUUGAAGGAAGAAGCCAGCGGUGAAGUGCACGCCGAACCCACAGUCAUCGAGAAAGAAAUCAAGAUCCCGCAUGACUUCCAUUCCUCCAUCAAGGGCGUCUUCUCCAGUGAGCCCCGGCAACAGCUGGCAGAGGUCAUCGGCCAGCUGGAGGAAACCUUGCCUGAGCGCAUGAAGGAAGAGCUGUCUGCUCUGACCAGACAGGGUCAAGGAGAGCCAGGGAGUGUCUCUGUGGAUGUCAAGAAAGUCCAGAGCUCUCCUACUGGCUCCGUGACCUUGAUGGCUGAGGUCAACCUCUCACAGACUGUAGAUGCUGACCAGUUAGACCUGGAGGAGCUGAGCAGAGAUGACGCUGGAGAAAUAGAGAGGGCGGUGGAGUCGGUGGUCAGAGAGAGCUUGACCAAGCGCUCCAGCCCAAUGUCCAGAAGCCCAGGCAGGGAAGAUGGACAGGAGGUGCCUGCGGGGGGCAUUCUCUUCAAGCGCUGGGCCACCAGGGAACUGUAUAGCCCAUCUGGUGAGAUGGAUGAUGCUGGCCAAGGCUCUCACAGCUCAGAUCAGCGUGUGACCCAGGGCCCAGUGUCAGCCACUGUGGAAGUCACCAGCCCAACAGGCUUUAUACAGUCUCAUGUGCUGGAAGAUGUAAGCCAGUCUGUAAGGCAUGUUAAACUAGGCCCUACUGAAGUGUGGAGGACUGAGCAGGUGUCCUACGGAGGACCCACCGCACAGGUGGUGGAGAUGGAUGUGAGUAAUGCAAGGGCGAUCCGCAGCUGGACCCGAGACACAGGGUCGGAAGUGGAAGCUCACAGUAUGUCUGACCAUGGUGGCUGGAGAACUGCUCACAGCAGGAGUGAGCAGGGAGCCAGCACGAGCUCUCAGGCCUCCGCUGGGGAUGGACACCAGACCCGUGGAGAGAAAGGCACUGACCAGGUUGGAUUUGACAAGACGGUGCCGCUGCAGAGAAGGGCAGACCAAAAGUCGGCUUCAGAUGAGAAGAAGGUGGCCCUUCUCUACCUAGACAAUGAGGAAGAGGAGGAAGAGGAGGGUGAUGGGUGGUUUUGAAAAGCAGGACUGUCUUGUCUUAUACUUCAGGAACAUAUCAGUGUGCAAAACCUUGAGCAUACCAACAUACAAAGCCUUCACUAAGUGUACAGAGGGAGAGGAAAGCUGGUCAUCAAUACCUUUAUUUAGAGACACCCCGAGGCAGAAUCAGCUCGUUCUAUAAAGGCUUGAGAUUAUACAUUUGAGUCGGGACUUUCACAGACACUUUUCAUCUUUUUUUAGUCUUAAAAAGUUCCUUUCUCUGAACUUUUCUCUCCAUGCAUGGAGACAGUUUAUAAGAGGUUUUUUUUGUUUUGU